GGUGCUAUCGAACACGUGUGUUAAUAUUGUUAACCAGGAUACUUAUGAAGUAAUACAGUUUCAAAAUGUACACAAAUACCUGAUUCAGAACUGUCAAAAAAAGAACAAAUAUAUUAGUAGGUAAUAGAUAUAAGUCUAAAGAUGUCAGUUGUAUCAUCAAGAGUUAGUAGCGUUUCAUCGAUUUUAAAGGCUCCCGGAGUCAGAUCUCAGUUAAUUAGGCAGCCUAAUAGAGUAUAUUUUAAACUUCCAAAAAAUUUGAAAAAUAUUAUUUAUAAUUUUGAAAGUGGCAAUGGAAUUAAAGAUUAUGAAGAUUUAAUAUGUAUUUUACGAGACUCUAAUAUAAAGGAUGUGGAUCUAAUAGAAUUUUUAGCAAGUGUAAGGCAAUGUAUAUCACUACUUGGUCCAGUUCAUAAAUUAUUUGUAGAGACACUUUUACAAAUAAAAUGGACAAAUCGUUCUUUAGAAGUUGCAUCUGCUUACAAAUCAUUUAUAGAAGAUUUAAUUUGUACGCAAAUUCACUAUGCUAAAAAUGUAAUAGAUAAUUUAGUUGAACAGUUUAAGCCAGAUGAAAAUGAUGAAACGGAAUGGGAAGUCGGAGUAUGUAAAGAAGAAGAUGUGCAAAGAUUAAAACACAUACACGAUGUAUUAGGCAAAAUUUUGAAAAUUGUACCAAUGUCAAGUAAGCUCUUGUUACAGUCAUUUAAAGGAAGAUUUCCAUAUAUUAUUCAUGGAACCCAUAUGCAUGAAGUUUAUGUUUAUGCAUUGCUCCAAAUAUUAGAGUAUGCUCCUCAGUUACGAUCUGAGGUUUUGUCUCUAAUUAUUAACAGGUUGAUGGUAUUGGAUGUAAAUAUACCACGUUUAGAGACAAAUAAUGAGGAUGAAGACUUAAUGGAUGACAGUAGCGAAUGUGACAGCACACUUGGUAAUGAGAAUAAUGUUGUCGAAGACAAUGAUAUAACAGAAACAGAUAAAGUACAUCCAAUAGCUCAUAAAUUGGAUGUGUGUAUGGAACUGAUUCUGAAAUACAUGCAUAACUCCUGUUUUGUUGAAGGAGUUUUGCAAAUAGAAUCUUUAAAAAGUUUUUACUUUGACGUAUUACAAAUAUUUGAAACAGUAAUAUUACCCACUCAUGCAAGUCAAUAUGUGCAGUAUAUUAUAUUCUAUAUUUGUAGUUUUAAAACAGCUGUAGCCGAGGCUUUUAUAGAUUGGUUGUGGCGCAAAGUCUCAGAUCCUAACGUACCUUCUAUUAUACGGCAGUCGUCUGUGGCAUACAUUGCUAGUUUCCUAGUUACAGCAAAUUUUGUCACAACUGGAACCGUGAAAGUAGUUCAGCUUAAACUGUCUAAAUGGAUACACGAUUAUAUUAAUAUGCAAGAUUACUCCAAUUGUGUAAAUGACGAGAACAAAGCUCAUACAGUAUUUUAUUCAGUUUGUCAGGCAUUAUUUCUCAUAAUUGCUAAAAGGCAUAAUGACUACCCAGAUUCAAAGAAAUAUAUGUUAUAUUUACAAGAAUUGGAUUUGGCAAAAAUCAUAACUUCUAAAUUGAACCCGUUAAAAGCCUGCUAUCCUGAAAUUGUACAUAAUUUUGCAGAAAUUACACGAACGUAUCAAUUGGCAUAUUGUUACACUAUUAUUGAGAAUAAUACACGAAGUCAACUUCCAAUUUUUAAUAGUAAGAAGGCAACAGUAACUACAGUGGAAAACUUUUUUCCAUUUAGUUCUUAUACAUUACAACGAAGUGGUCAGAUGUUAAUUUCUUUAUUUCGUGACAAUGUUAUUAAUAGUAAUGAAUACAAAACAUCUACUACAUAUAAAGAAGACAUUGAUUACAUGACUGAAUAGGAGACUCAAGUUUCC